AUUUUCAUUUGACUUUUCAGAUGGAGAGCCAAAACCUGAAGGCUAGUACAAAGCUGAGUCAAGCAAGGGAGAAGGUUAAGCGCAAGUAUCCACUUCCUGUUGCGAGGAGACAGCUCUCAACUGGGUACUUGGAAGAUGCUCUCGAAGAGGAUGAAGAGACGGACCACUACGGUUCACACCGCUCAAACCGUGGCUAUGAGGAGGAUCUUGAAGCUGAAGCGCAACGGGAACGAAGGAUUAUGAACGCCAAGAAGAGCAACAAAGGCUUUCCAGGGAGGUCUUCAAUGACGUCAGCGAGACCAACAAGGCGUCAAGAGUAUUCAGAGAGUGAGAGAGAGGAAUCAGAGUAUGAGACUGAGGAAGAGGAAGAAGAAGAGGAAGAGGAAAGGCCACGUUCACGUAAAAGAGUCAAGGAACCAGAAGAUGAGUAUGAGGAAGAGGAAUUAGAAGAAGAUGAAGAAGAAGCUGAGGGAGUGAGGGGAGAUAAGGACCGUGGUGGAAGUAGUAGCCGGAAAAGGAAAGGGAUUGAGUCUGAUGAGGAGGAGUCUCCUCCGAGAAAAGCUCCGACUCAUCGUCGUAUGGCCAUGGUUUAUGACAGUGAUGAGGACUAACACUUCUCAUCUAUCUUUCACUCUCCCAUUUCAUUAACUUUUUUUGUUAUAUAAGAUAAUGUAUAGGUUGGGACAUAUUUACCCAUGUGAAUCGAAAAACCAAAAUUAAAAUUAAGCAAUUAAACUGAA